CAGAUGCGAGCAGGACGCGGCUGCGCGUGUUUCUACCGGGCUUUACGUUUUAUUUGAACGAGUUUUACCGCUAAAAUGACCAAUACAUACGUUUAUUCGACGUAACAACAGUUCAAAAACAAAAUGAAGUGUCAGUUCUUACAUUUAGUUCCGUGAAGUGUUGAUAAUUUUGUGUUAAACGACAUAGAAGGAGUAAAACAAAUGUGUGUGAUCCAUGUGUGAAUGUUGUGCUACAAGAUGUGGUCGAGAAACUUUAUACCGGAUUAUGGGAUUAACUUGCUCUCCAUCUUCCUGCUGCUGACCACGUUUGCUGCUACAUUCCAUACAGUAGAUGGUUUCGUGUCUUGCUCGCCAUCACCGUGCAAAAAUAGCGGAACGUGCCUUUCCAGCACGCGGGGGGAGUACUCUUGCAACUGCACAUCCCGUUACGCCGGCGAGUUCUGCCAACACCUGAACCCUUGCCACAGCGAAUCGAGUCCUCGAUGUCAAAACGGCGGCUCCUGUCGAGUGAGACCAGGAGCUGGCGGCGCUCCACCAUCCUUCGCCUGCGACUGCCCGCUUGGAUUCAGUGCAUCCUUGUGCGAGAUCCGAGUACCAGCUGCGUGUGAUUCUGCGCCUUGCUUGAACGGAGCAACGUGUAGAUUGACGUCAUUGGACACCUUUGAAUGCGAUUGCCCUCCUGGGUACACAGGCGAAGAAUGCUCACACGAAGACCACUGCGCAUCCCAGCCCUGCAGAAACGGAGGUCGUUGCGUUGCUGACAAUACAACGACUGCUGGCUACUCUUGCGCCUGCCCACCUGGCUUCACUGGCUCGCGAUGUACUGAGGACGUCUUCGAAUGCUCGAGCGGUUCUGGUCCUUGUCACCACGGGAGAUGCUUCAACACCCACGGGUCUUAUACCUGCGUGUGUGAGCCUGGCUACACGGGCCGGGAUUGUGACACGGAGUACGUCCCGUGUGAACCAUCCCCUUGUUUGCAUGGAGGACGAUGUACGCAGCUGGACCAACUACGAUAUGAGUGCGUUUGUCCUACUGGUUACCGAGGUCAGAACUGUGAGAUAGACAUCGAUGACUGUCCCGGACAUCUUUGCCAGAACGGUGCAACGUGUGUGGACGGUCUCAACUCCUACAACUGCGAGUGUCCGCCUACCUUCACUGGCACGCUUUGUGAGACGGACGUCGAUGAAUGUGCUUUGAGGCCGCUAGUAUGCCAGAACGGAGCGACAUGUACCAACUCAGUCGGCGGGUUUUCUUGCAUCUGCGUUAACGGAUGGACAGGUCCAGAAUGCUCUGUGAACAUCGACGACUGCGCGGGCGCAGCUUGCUUCAACGGCGCAACCUGUAUAGAUCGGGUUGGGGCGUUUUACUGCAAGUGUACGCCUGGGAAGACUGGUCUACUCUGCCAUCUGGAUGACGCUUGCACUUCGAACCCGUGCCACGCCGACGCGAUCUGUGACACUAGUCCCAUCAACGGAUCCUAUACUUGCUCCUGUGCUUCUGGCUACAAGGGCCUUGACUGCUCUGAGGAUAUCGACGAGUGUGAACAAGGCUCGCCGUGCGAACACGACGGCAUCUGCGUCAACACCCCUGGCUCUUUCGCUUGCAACUGCUCUGUUGGCUUCACCGGGCCUCGUUGCGAGACCAACGUCAAUGAGUGCGAGAGCCACCCCUGCAGAAACGAUGGAUCAUGCCUCGACGACCCUGGCACCUUUCGAUGUGUAUGCAUGCCUGGUUUCACGGGGACACAGUGUGAAGUGGAAAUUGAUGAAUGCGCCAACAAUCCCUGCUUGAACGGUGGUGUUUGCCACGAUAUGAUCAACGCCUUCAAAUGCACCUGUGUUAUUGGAUUCUCUGGCGCCCGAUGCCAAGUGAACAUCGACGACUGCGCAUCGAGUCCCUGUCGAAACGGAGGCACUUGUCACGAUUCCAUCGCUGGUUACACCUGCGAAUGUCCUCCGGGUUAUACCGGAAUGUCCUGUGAGACCAACAUCAACGACUGUCUGUCGGCGCCGUGCCACCGAGGCGAAUGCAUCGAUGGCGACAACAGCUUCACUUGCAACUGUCACCCUGGCUACACCGGCCGAGUCUGUCAAACGCAGAUCAACGAGUGCGAAUCCAAUCCCUGUCAAUUCGGAGGACAUUGCGAAGAUCUGAUCGAUGGUUACCAGUGUCGAUGUAAACCGGGCACUUCGGGAAGAAACUGCGAGAUCAAUGUCAACGAAUGCUACUCAAACCCGUGCAGAAACGGAGCCACUUGCAUCGAUGGCAUCAACAGCAACAAUUAUUUUGAGUAUACGUGCGAGUGCAUCCCUGGCUUCACGGGACAGCAUUGCGAGACCAACAUCAACGAAUGUUUGUCCAACCCCUGCGCCAAUGGCGGCAAGUGCAUCGACCGCAUCAACGGCUUCCGCUGCGAAUGUCCACGAGGAUACUACGAUGCGAGAUGCCUUUCUGACGUUAACGAAUGUGCUUCGAAUCCCUGCAUCAAUGGCGGCACCUGUGAGGACGGAGUCAACCAGUUCAUCUGCCACUGUCUUCCAGGAUACGGAGGUCAGCGCUGUGAACGGGACAUCGACGAGUGCAGUUCCAACCCGUGCCAACAUGGCGGCACGUGUCACGACCGCCUCAACGCUUACAAGUGCGACUGCGUUCUGGGAUUCACUGGUGUGAACUGUGAAACCAACAUCGAUGACUGCGCUGGCAACCCGUGCUUACACGGCGGCUCCUGCAUCGAUCUAGUCAACGGGUACCGCUGCGUCUGCUCUCCUCCACACUCCGGCCGCAAUUGCGAGAACACACUCGAUCCUUGUUUACCCAACCAGUGUCGCCACGGAGGCCGCUGUAUCGCAGAGGCAUCAUACGCGGAAUUCACGUGCCAGUGCCCCGUGGGCUGGACGGGUGCGCUGUGCGAGCGAGACGUAGACGAGUGCACGGUCUCUGCGCCGUGCCACAACGAGGCCACGUGCAUCAACACCGAGGGAUCCUACGCGUGUCUGUGUGCGCGCGGGUACGAGGGCAAGGACUGCGCCAUCAACACUGACGACUGCGCCUCGUUCCCCUGUCAAAACGGCGCAACGUGUCUGGACAGUAUCGGAGAUUACAACUGCGUGUGCGCAAGCGGCUUCGAGGGCAAGCACUGCGAGGUGGACAUCGACGAGUGCCAGUCCGGCCCUUGUAUGAACGGCGCUACUUGCAACCAGUACGUGGCAUCUUACACCUGCACUUGCCGGCUGGGUUUCUCGGGCAUCGACUGUCAGACCAACGAUGAAGACUGCACGGAGUCCAGCUGUAUGAACGGCGGGACCUGCAUAGACGGCAUCAACUCAUACAACUGCUCAUGUCCUCCUGGGUACACGGGCUCCAAUUGCCAGUUCCGUAUAAACAUGUGCGACAGUUCUCCCUGCGACAACGGCGCGACCUGCCACGACCACGUCACGCACUACACCUGCCACUGCCCCUACGGGUACACUGGCAAGCACUGCGAAGACUUCGUGGACUGGUGUGAAAACAAUCCAUGUGAAAAUGGUGCGACGUGUUCCCAAAAAGGUCCGCAAUACACUUGCGCCUGCGCACCCGGCUGGUCCGGCAAGCUCUGCGAUGUUGAAAUGGUCUCCUGUAAAGACGCUAGCAUUCGGAAAGGAGUGAAACUAAAACAGCUAUGCAACAAUGGUUCAUGUGAAGACAUCGGCAACUCCCAUCGCUGCCACUGCCUUGACGGGUACACAGGAUCUUACUGCCAGAAGGAAAUCAACGAAUGCGACUCCGCUCCAUGCCAGAACGGAGCAGUUUGCAAAGAUCUAGUCGGAACCUAUCAGUGUCAGUGCGCCAAAGGUUUUCAAGGACAGAACUGUGAAUUGAACGUGAACGACUGCCUUCCCAACCCCUGUCAGAAUGGAGGAACAUGCCACGAUCUCAUCAACAACUUCUCUUGCUCAUGCCCUUUCGGAACUUUGGGUAAAAUUUGCGAAAUCAACGUUAACGAUUGCAAACAAGACGCUUGUCACAACAAUGGAUCAUGCAUCGACAAAGUCGGUGGCUUCGAAUGCAAAUGUCCUGCGGGUUUCGUAGGUCCACGCUGUGAAGGCGAUAUUAACGAGUGUCUAUCGAAUCCAUGCUCGAAUCCUGGCACACAAGAUUGCGUGCAACUAAUUAACGAUUAUCACUGUAAUUGUAAACCUGGGUUCAUGGGCAGGCAUUGCGAUGCUAAGGUCAAUUUCUGUGCAAACUCGCCGUGUCAAAACGGCGGCAUCUGCACAGCGAUCCAAGGUGGACAUGAGUGUCUAUGCAAUGAUGGUUUUUACGGCAAGAAUUGUGAAUAUUCAGGCUAUGCUUGUGACUCAAAUCCGUGCCAGAAUGGAGGCUAUUGCAGGACAAUGGAAAAUGGGGACUACGUCUGCAAUUGCCCGUCAGGCUUGUCUGGUGUUAAUUGCGAAAUCGAUUCCAUGAACGAGUGCCUUACGGGCCCUUGUAAGCACCCCAAAGCUCGAUGUAUAGACAAGCCUGGAGACUACCUCUGCUAUUGUCCCAGACAGUGGACCGGUAAAAAUUGUGAUAUACACGACCCUCAUUCGAGAGGUGGCUAUGGGAGUCCCAUUUCAGGAGUAUACGGUAAUAACCCAGUUCUAACUCUUCAAGAAUUGGACUUGGCUUUCCAAAGAGAACAAUGUGUUAAAUUAGGCUGCAAAGAAAAACAAGGUGAUCACCACUGUGAUGAAGAAUGUAACACUUUUGCCUGCGAAUUCGAUGGAAACGAUUGCUCUCUCGGUAUUAACCCAUGGGCGAACUGUACGGCCCCGAUAAAAUGCUGGGAAGUGUUCAUGAACGGGGAGUGUAACGAAGUCUGUAAUACGCAAGCUUGUUUAUUCGAUGGAAGAGACUGCGAGAAAUCUUUGCAAAAAUGUAACCCCGUAUACGACGCUUACUGCCAAAAGCACUACGCUAACGGCCAUUGUGACUAUGGAUGUAACAAUGCCGAGUGUAACUGGGACGGUCUCGAUUGUGAAAACGAACCUCCUGAUCUAGCAGAAGGUGCGAUGUCUGUAAUCUUACUCAUGGAUAUGAGAACGUUCAAGGAAAACUCCGUUGCUUUCUUACGAGAUUUGGGCCAUCAGUUACGGACAACCGUGCUCAUAAAGAAAGACCAUCUGGGUAAUGAUAUGGUGUUCCCAUGGAAGGGAUCGACCGAUGUUGGUCUUCAAGACACUGAAUUCGGAAAGAAACACCAUAUAGUAUACACGGAAAGAGCACAAUCAGGAGUACAAGUUUACUUGGAAAUUGACAACAGAAAGUGUACCACGAUGUCUGGCUCUGAAUGCUUCUUUUCGGCUAGCGAAGCGGCAGAUUUCUUAGCAGCAACAGCGUCAAAGCACUCCUUAUCACCGGACUUUCCUAUUUUUCAAGUUAAGGGUGUCAUUCAUCAGCCUGAUGAACCUGGAGAAGGUGCUACCAACUCCAAAUAUGUCUUUAUCGGAGUCAUUCUCGUUCUUCUGGCGGGUCUUCUAAUCGGAGUUCUUGUUACGGCUCAGAGAAAACGUGCUGCGGGGAUCACUUGGUUCCCGGAAGGGUUUAUACGCAACAAUUCGUCGACGCGACGCCGUUCACGACGUAGGGGACCAGAUGGUCAGGAAAUGCGGAAUUUGAACAAGGGCUCCAUUGGAUGUAUUGACGUUGAUAUUAACGGUGGCCAUAUGGGUCCUCCGCAUUGGUCUGACGAAGAAGACGAUGGAGCUGCUCCCCCGAGAGCUAAGAGAGCUCGAGGACCAGGGGAUUCUAAUGGGGCACCAGGGGGCUAUGCUUCUGAUCACACAGCGAUCACGGAUUAUGAAGAAGCUGGUCACGAACCAAGGGUUUGGACACAGCAGCACUUGGAUGCCGCGGAUAUCAGAGUUCCACCUAGCAUAAUGACGCCACCUGCAAUUCACGAUGGUCACGUUGACGUAAACGCCAGAGGUCCGCUCGGGAUGACGCCGUUGAUGGUGGCGGCUAUUAGAGGCGGAGGCUUGGACACUGGGUCCGACGUAGAGGAUGAACAGACUGCACAUAUCAUAUCAGAAUUGGUAGCACAGGGUGCACAACUCAAUGCUGCUAUGGAUAAGACUGGGGAGACUAGUUUGCAUCUUGCUGCUAGAUAUGCACGUGCCGAUGCAGCUAAGCGUCUAUUGGAUGCGGGCGCGGAUGCAAACUCACAAGACAACACAGGAAGAACUCCGUUACACUCUGCCGUCGCGGCGGACGCUAUGGGGGUCUUCCAGAUUCUUCUACGGAAUAGGGCCACCAAUCUCAACGCUAGGAUGCAUGAUGGAACAACACCACUUAUAUUGGCUGCCAGACUAGCAAUUGAAGGCAUGGUAGAGGACCUAAUAAACGCAGAUGCAGAUAUCAAUGCAGCGGACAAUAGCGGUAAAACCGCGUUACAUUGGGCCGCAGCUGUCAACAAUGUGGAUGCUGUGAACGUUCUUCUGGUUCAUGGUGCAAAUAGGGAUGCGCAAGAUGAUAAGGAUGAAACACCACUUUUCCUCGGAGCUCGAGAAGGUUCAUACGGUGCUUGUAAAGCACUGUUGGAUGCGAUGGCGAACAGAGAGAUCACAGAUCACAUGGACAGACUACCACGGGACGUUGCUCAGGAGAGGAUGCACGAUGACAUCGUACGUCUCCUCGACGAGCACUGUCCUAGGCCGCCACAGCAUCAUCAUUUGAUGGCGUCACCGAAUCCACAUCCGCAUUUGAUCAGCCAGCCCACAGUGAUCAGCGCGACGGCGAGUAAAGGAAAGCCGAAAAAGGCGCGUGCGAAACCUGGCCCCGACAGCCCACAGGACCAGGCGUAUGACAAUAACAUGCAACCCUCGCAGAUUAGACGGAAACCCAGCGUAAAAAAGAACAAUAAAAAGGUGGCGCAGGAAGUGCCACAAAGCGUAGAAAGUUUGGGAUUCAGUCUCAGUCCAGUUGAAUCACCGUUACAAAAUUUACAGGAUCUACCGUCGCCGUACGACGCGACGUCGCUGUAUUCAAACGCGAUGGCGCAGUUCCCGGCUGUAGAGCAGCUUGUACAGCACAAGCAGCCGCCCAGCUAUGACGAUUGUGUCAAGUACGUUUGUCCGCAGACGGGCCAGACGCUGCAGUACGGCGGCGGUGCGCUGGGCGCCUCGCUCUCGCCCCCCUACUCCAACCACUCGCCUACGCACAGCAACCAGACGACGUCACCUCAUGCCUAUAUAGGAUCACCGUCUCCGGGAAAGUCGCGGCCGUCGUUACCAACGUCGCCAGCACACAUGGCUGCGUUGCGUCACCAUCACCUCGACGCGGCUGCUUAUUCGGCGCUUGCGCAUCUCAGUGCGAACGGCCAGCACAACGCGCAACUGCAAGCGGUGAUGACUCACGCGGCAGCUUUAGGACAAGUACAGGGAGCGCAGCAUCCCGCCAUUACUAAUCUUAUGUCUGGUCUCUACGGAAGUUGGGGUAUGGGAGAUACAUUUCCGACCCCCUCGCCCGAGUCACCGGACCAUUGGUCCACCCCAUCCCCGCAGACACCGCUAACACAGUCACCGCAUUCGGAUUGGUCGGACCGCGCGGCCUUGUCACCAAACGACAUCCAACAGGCGAACAAAGGUGCCACUGAAGCGUUUUAUAUUUAAUCUGUGUUUUUCACACAAAAAAAGUAAAGUUUUCUGUGAACUUGAUAAUUUUUUUGUCUGACGAGAUUUGACUGCACAGUGUAACACCGUUGUCUUUUUAUUUAUAAUAAUUUUAAAAAUUAAGGAAUCUAAUUUGUCGUCAAUGUCAAAAUGUCCAACUGAUUUUGUACAAUCUUAUUUGAAUUUUAGUUAGGUACUUAGGUACUUAAACUGAAAUGCCUACAAGAAAAUUUUGUCAAACUCAUCCAUAAAUCAUAAUUGAAUUUACGCGAGUAUUUUAUUUUUAUCGUACAAUGUUCAGAGGGUAUUAAGGUUCUGUGCUUCAGAUUUUGGAAUGAACAUUAAAAUUAUUAGUGUUGCCCUUUUAUAAAAUACUACCUUAAUGGUAGUUUUUAUUUUAUUUGCAGUAACAACUAGUUAAGCACACUAGAAAUUUCGUGCUAAAGUUAUUAGGAUUAGUUGUUUUUGUCUUUGUCUAAAGUCUCUUGGAAAUCUCAAGGAAGUUCGGAAGGUGCUAGCGUGCCGUAGAAGAUAGACUGAUUUGUAUAGCCAUGACGUAUGAAGCUAAGUGCGUUGGAAAUGACAAUAUUAUCCCAUGACAUUAUUUGGUGUAUUUUUGGAAUAUAAUGACAAAAAUUUAGAGUACUGAUCCCAAUAAAAUAAAUGUGGAAAAGUGUUUAGCUUAAAAUUUUGAAAAGUGGAGAGCUAUUGAAUAAACUGUCUACUGAAUAAACUGUAUCUGUGAAUAAUAAUAAUAUUUUUAUUCUCUAUGGAAAAAUAAAGUGUAGGUAAAUUUUUACGGAUUAUGAUUCUAUUUUUAUUUAUAAUGUAUCAAAAAUACACCGGAUUUGAAACACGGUCACCGUGAACUAAACAUUUGUUAUUGUUAAAUAUGUGUUUUUAUUCAUGUUUUAUAAAACGCUGUGUUUAAAAAAUAAAAUAAUAUUUAAGUAAAUGGGAAUUAUGUAUCAACAUAUGAGAUUGUUUUGCGUAUUGACGUGAAAGGAAAUUAUUUAUGUGUGAUUCUUUAGCACGUAAUAUUUUGUAAUGUACUGUAGUGUAUGUAGAUUUUUUAAUUUUAGGUAAAAAUUAUAAGCUAGUUUUUAAAUUAUAGUUUUUGGACUAAGAUUGACGCCUGUGUUUUUAUGAUUUUUUGUGUUUUUUUUUUUACUGUUUUAUGUUUGUUUUAAUUUUUAAUCAAUCACGUCAUGAUCAGUUAAGAAACAUGUUUUUACAUUUUUUAUUCACAUUUUAAAUACAUACAAUAUGACAAACUAUUUUGACAGGCAUCAAUCUCAGUCGAGCUUCAAACAUUUGAUUUUAUUAUAUCUUCCGCUUUAUUAUCAUUCCAAUAUUGCUUCCAAUUACGUUGUUUAUAGGUGGUUUUCAGGUUUUAAAUUUAUUUUUACAUAAGUAUAUUUUUUUCUUAAUCGUUAUAAUUUAUGCCGUUUUUAACACUGAUGAACACUGUUUUUGUCUACAUUUCUAAUUUUUGUGUUGCUACAUUACCAUUUUUUUUAAUAUUUAAAUUAAAAAUCGCUGAAAUUCUCUUUUCAAAAAAUUAAAAUGGCACAGUGCACUACUUUAAAUUCCCUAAAAUUAGUUAACUCUAUUAAAACCUCCUUGUCACCUUAAAUCAAAGUACUUUAUUCCAAAAGUACGAUUAUAUCGUACAAUAAGAUCUCAUCAUUCCAUUGUUCGCUUUAAAAUAUGAACAUUACCUUGGGACCAUUAUGCUCAAUAUUGUUAGAAUUGUCAAAUUCACUUUCAUGUAUUUGUAAUAUAUUAUUUGGUAAGUAAAUAUUUUAGUUGGAGAGCUCAUGAUCCAUUUGAUCAAAUUUUUUUAUUUAAAAAGUACUUUGUACAAAUAAUUCAUCAGCUCUUCAACUAUGUUUUGUCUCGUUAGCUAAGUUUUUAAAACUGCUAUCCACGUGUCGACUUCGCCUACAUAAUUGUAAAUAUUAUUUUUAUCAUUUAAAAUUAAUAUUUAAUUAAUAAAAAACUACUCGAAUCACGACAAUAUGAUCUUCGUAGUUUUUAUAGGUUUUAGUUUUAAUUUUUUUCUCUGUGUCAUUGUUAUGUGCCAAUGAGCCAAGUUUUUAAAUAAUUCACAAAUUGGAAAAAAAUGUAACAAGAAUGUCCUGCAUUAUUAAUUCAAGUUUUUAAUUCAAUUGAGUAGUCAAUAUUAAAAAUGUUGAACAUCUUCAUAUUUUUAUACAUCGCUUUAUUUGACUUCUAAAUUAAUGAAAUUCAGUUCAAAUUAAGUACAUUAAUAACUGUCGUUAGUAUUAUCAGCUAUAAUUAUUAAGGUGAAUAAAAAACUAAACUUAUUGAAAUUAAAAUACUUUUUGGUAGGAUUUAAGUAAGGGUGGUAAUCCAAAAAUAUUAUACUCCAUUGAUUUUCUAACUUGAAUAAUGUUUUGGCGCGUAAACUGUUUAAAGAUUUAAAAACUUUUUAGUGAUAAUUGUGUAUUACUAGUAGAAAUAAGUAGGGUACGUAAAUAAAUCGAAACGCGUGCUUCCUUUAAUAAAAUGCAUUCUAAUAUAAAAUAUAGUAAGCAAAUGAAUUUAGAAAAAAUGUUAGAAAAAUUACGAUUUUAAAGUACAAAAAUAAAGUUACAAUUCUUUAGUGUUUCAAUUUCAAUCACACAUUCGUAUAAAUUUUUUUUUAAGUCAGUUUAAAAAGGAAAAGAAAAGGGGUAUUUUUGAAAUCUACAUUUUCAGUUGAAUCAUAAAAUAAAUCAUACUAAUUCCUCUGUUACGUUUUAUUUUUUUUAAAUUAUAAAGUUAGGUCAAAAACAUGAACAUUGGUUUACUACCAAUACCUACCUACUCAUUAUUUUCUAAAGUUAAUAAUAAUAAUCUAAAUCGCUUGUGGGUAAAUUAUUCUAAAUUUUGUUUUCUAUUUUUCCAACGUUUCUACAAAAUGGUAACUAAAAUCUCAAUUUUAACCUACUAUUUAAAAAAAAUUAAUAAUUAUAGGCUCAAAAUAAAAAAUUCUUGGCACAUUGUUAAAAAGAGUUAUUACUAAAUAAUAAAAUAAUUGUAAAAUAAGGCACAAAACACACUGUCAAUUUUUUGGUGCCUUGCAAUUUUAUAUGAAUUGUAAUAAACUAUUACGUAUAAUAUAAGAGAAAGCUUAGUUUUUAAGUCGCCUGUAAAUACAUUUUUAUCAUUAUUUUUAUGAAAUGCAUUUCAUUGUAAGAUUCUAAAGUUUGAGGAGAAUAAUUUUUAAAUAUUUUCCCCUAAUUGACAAUAAAGGAAUAAAUUUUAAA